GUGACAGAUAUACAUGCUCUACAUUAUAGUAUAUAUGCAUGGGAUCAUGGUUAAUUCUUCUUCAAGAUCAAGAAGAUUCUUGCAAACUUAAUUAAGCUAAGCUAAUCUAUUUCAUUUGGUGGAGAUUAUGAUGCAAACGAUCGUGAUUGAGUUGCCACUCCACUGUGCAAAAUGCAAGAAGAAAAUAUUGGCCAUAUGCACCACUGCUGAUGGUGUUACAAUGGUUACUUUGGAAAGGGAAGGAAGAGAUAGAGUGGUGAUUAAAGGAGAAGAUGUUGAUGCAGCAAGGGUGACUGAACAUUUGAGGGAGAAAGUGACCAGGCAUGCUAGACUUGUUAGUGUGACCAAUGAUGAAUAAACUAUAUAUAAUGUUGCUUGAAAUAUGUGUUCAAUAUUCAUAUGUCGAAAGGUGAUUGUUUAGUUGUGAAAAUUAUCCUAUUCACAGAAAUGUAGUCAUCAAAUUGUUUGUAUCGUUUUGAUUUGUAGUAAUUUUUUAUGUUAUAUGUCAUAUGUAAGGAAUGUGUUUCUUUUAACUGGUAUAAAAUAGUAUUUGGAUAUUUUAUCUUA